CUUAGCCAUUCCCUUCGCAUUUUUAGGUGCAACUGACAAAAAUUGCAACAAUUGUUCGUAUCUUCUUCCAGACAUAAUAUGCAAAAAAAUGGGAUGAAAAUACAAUGGGUUUGUACUAAAUAGCCGUCGCCUGUGGGAUAUAGAAACUUGAGCCUGUAAAAGGCAUAAUCCUAUAAAUUUUUUCAUUUCCUGAGAGGUUGUUUCGCGAAAUGUGCUUUUUCUACUAAAGCGAGUUAGUGGCCUGUUUAUAUUGUAAACCGUUUUGCCAUAUUCAUUUGUACACCGCACAAGAAGUUCUAAAAUGUCUGGAGUGAAAACUGCACUAAACGUUUCUAAAGGCGUCAUAUCAAGUUGCAGAUUUACUUUCACACCAACCUCGUCCUCGUUAAAAUAAAAUAAGGGUAUUUCUUUUACACUUUGCUUCCUCUCUUGUAGUUCCUCUAUUUGUCCUGCUGCAUUUUCUUCUUCCUGCUCUAUGUCACUAUCACUUCAGUGUCAAUGUCCUCCUCAGCCUCUUCGGAUGAGGGUGGUAAUUGUCUAUAGUUGUUUGAACUAGAAGGGUCCGGCGGAAGGGAACAGUCACUAUCUGAAGAGAAUUCCUCCUUAUUUGGGUCAAAAUUAGGGUCGGAACCAAAUUCUUCAUCAUCGCUAAAUGGAUCAUGAAUAGUUGAGUGAUCGGCGUCUUCUUCAUCGGAACUUGCGUCUUCAAAUAGACGUAAAAGCCGAUUUUGUUCGCGCUCAUAAUCCCCUGCCAUCUAAAACAAUACCAGUUAUGUAAAUAUAAGAAUAAUUUUAAAAAAUAAUACGCAAACAACACACUUUUUAUAUUCCAACAAUUCUAAAUAAUUUACUUACACUUUUAUUUACAAAAUCCCAAUCCCGAUGCACAGGAGGGGGAGAUAAAAGUGGGGGUCAAUAUAAGCUGCAAUUCGACACAUUAUAUAUGAGGAGCAGACUUGCAAAAUGCAUUUUGUCCAAAUUUUCCAUAUUUGAGAUAGAGAUGGCGUUGCAUUCCUAUGAUGAAAUACCAACUUUUUAUGAACAUUUAGACAGUCAAACUGCAUUAAGUCCCCGUGUUAUUAGGUGGUAAAUUUCGCCCAGACAAACAAACUGAUUUAAGUCCAGUCACGUUGUACUUUCAAAGCACAUUUUGUCCGUAAACGUGGACAAAACGCAUUUCGAUGGAGAUUUUGUUCAUUUUAGCGAUCCACGUGUUGUUUACAAGCUUUUUAUAAAACUAGAAUAAAAGUAUUGUUUUUGAAAAAAAUGGAAGGGUUAGAAGGGGAGCAUAUUGUUGGUGAUAGUGUUGAUAGGAGCAGUAGGAAAAGAAUAAGAAAUAUAAUAAGCCGUGAGAGAAAAAAGCAAAUAAGGUAAUUUAUAAGGUUAGGUUUUAUAAAUUAAGUUAAUAUUUUUUAUUUAAUCUCUAAGGUAUUCAAAUUUGGAUAUCAAUCUCGACAAUUUUGACGUAGUUUGUGAUCAUAAAAAUGCUAAUUUUGAUUGCCAAGAAUUAUCAAAACAAGCUCUGCUAGAGAUUCGCCAAACGUUUUUUGAGCACCCUGACAAAAUUAAGCAGGAUAACUUACUUGCUAGCUACAUGGAUAUUAAGGAGCCACAAAGAAAACGAAAUCGAAAAGAAAAUGGAAAGCCGCAUAAUUUUUCCGUUAAUUAUUUCGUGUUUCUUAAAGGUACUAAGAAACAAAUUUGCCAGAAACUCUUUCGGGCUCUGUUCAGCGUUUCCCAAAGGCGAAUUUCAAAAAAAAUUAAAAUUGGUUCAACCCUUACUGAAAAAAGAGGAGGAGAUAGAAAGUCUCACAAGUUUGCAAAUAAAUUUAAUGAGGUAAAAAAAUUUAUAAGCAAUCUUAAAGGCAAAGAAAGCCACUACGGCCGUGCCAAAUCAAGAAGAAUUUACUUAUCUGCCGAAUACAGUAUUGCCAAACUUUGGAAAAUCUAUAAUCAAAAUGUGUCGGCUGGUAAAAAAGUAAAUUAUAAAUACUUUAGUAGAGUUUUUCAAUAAUCACUUUAAUAUAGGCUUUGGUAGCCCGGCUACGGAUGUAUGUAAUUUUUGUGUUCGAACUGCAACACAAAUCUGUAAUGCCCGAAAUAUUAUUGACAAAAGCGAACUGCAGACCAAACUAAAAGUUCAUAAGGUUAGAGCAUCUCAGUUCCACAAAAUAAUGAAGGAAGAACUACUUAGCUCAGUGUCUUUUUGUUUUGAUUUGCAGCAAGUGCAGGUUCUUCCAAAAGUUCCCAUACAAGAUGCUUUUUAUGCACAGCAACUUUCAAUUUACUAUUUUUGCAUUACAGCCACUAAUUGUAAAAACCCAGUUUUUUAUUCAUGGAUGGAACACCAAGCUGGUAGAGGGGCCACAGAAAUUUCAUCAGCAGUACUUGAUUUUUUAAAAAGAACUAAUUUUGCCCCUAACGUAGACACUCUUCGGCUCUUUUCUGAUGGAUGCGGGGAGCAAAAUAAAAACAGCUUUAUCAUCCACAUGCUUAUGUUAUGGCUGCACAGCUUUGCUCCAGAAACAAUUAAGAAGAUAGAGGUUAUCUUCCCAGUCCGAGGACACUCUUACCUUCCAGCAGACAGAAUUUUUGGGAGGGUGGAAAAGAUCCUAAAGCGACACGCGGUCAUAAAAACACCUGAAAAAUAUUGUGAACUUUACAAACAAGUAGGAGAAAUUAGACAACUUGGAACGAAUUGGUCAUUGGUUAAUAUAAAAAAAGAUUCAGUCUUUUUAAAGAAAGUAAUAGGAAUUAGCUUAAGUAAGAGAAUAAUCAUUAAAAGAGUCUCAAAAGUGGUGGUAAAAUCUGAAUCUUUAUAUCGGACGGAUGAUCCAGCAAAAAAAUUCCAAACUUUGCUAAAACCCAAAAAGCGCUUGGAUCAAAUCAUUCUUUCUGAAGUACGGCUUGGACAUGAAAUAAAACAGAAAAAACUUGAUAGUUUAAAAAAAUUACUUGUUACGUUAUCUGGUGACAAAUGGUACGACACAGACCCUGAGUUAAGAUGGAUGGCUGAAAUAUUUGAAAAUCUUGCUGUAAGCCAUAAUGAAGAUCAAGAGUACGAAGAUGGUGAAGAAGCUUGCGAAUGCGCUGAAACUGAUGAAAAUAACUUCAUUUAAAAUUAAAAAAAAACAAGAGAUAUUGUUUUUUUGUUUUGUUGGCAUGUCUAAUAAUUUUGUUUUGUUUCAUGUUUAUGUUUGAAUAGAAUACUUUUUCAUUUAAGACAGUUUAUUAAUUUUGUAAAAUUAUAAUGACAUUCAAAUUGCAUUUUGUCCACUAUAGAUAAUCAAAAUGCAUUUUGUCCACCAAUUUUUUGUAUUUUUUCAAGUUGUUUUUUCACUUUCUUGUACAGAAACUCGUAAUCGAGGUCCAUACACUCAAUGCCAUUAUAUGAUGACAUAAUUUUUUUUUCUUUCAUUUAGUUUUUGUAUAGUAGUUUUUUGCGUUUUCUGAAAAUUGGUAAAAAUGGACAAAAUGCAAUUUGCAAGUCUGCUCCUCAUAUAUUUACAAUAGCACGUUGUGACACAUCCGAAUUGGUCUUCAUUGAAACAAAUGUAAAACAAGACGGCAGCAGCCGUUCUGUCACAAAAUACAAAAACCGUAUUUACGACUAUAGACGUUAUGUCAUAUUGCACGACUUUUAAAUGGACGGUUGUAGCCGUUGUGUCCAACAAUGUGUUAAGAAUGGGCAAUCUCUGAACUGUAGAUACUACACACCAAAAUAUGGCGAUUGAGCUUAACAUGUCUUAUACAAAUGAUGCAGGUUUACAAGAUACAUCGUAUUUAAAGUUGAAAUUUUUGUAUUUAGCAUAAUUUAUACAGGGCGUUAGGUACAUCCUGUUACUUACAGGUAAAUUACAAUAUAUCUUUUUUGCCUAAUCAGUUAUGGCUAAAACGACUAGAAAAUCUAAAAGGCAGUUCAGUUUUGAAUAAAAAAGGUACUCUUGUUUAUUUCAUGUAACUUUAUCAGUUUUUAAGUUAUUUGCAUUUUAAACAUUCAGCGUUAAGAAUCCUAAGCCACCGUUAUUACAUUGAUUUUUUUUCAAGUAGGAUUGUGUCAGCAUUUAUCAGUUUUUCGUGUAAAGAAAUUAUAAGACAAUCAACAGUGAAAUGCGUGAUAUGAUUUGCGUUUUUGCUCAGUCAAAUUAUAGUGGACUUGGUGCAGCCAGAAGGUAUUUAGAAUUAUACCCAAAUCGAAGACAAUGGUGCUUCAAAAAAUAUCAACGUCGAUGAUAAAGAAGAGAUUUAGGUCGUAUUUUGGAAAAUCCAGAUCUCAGUACUCGUCGGUUAAGUACGGCAAUAAGGAAUAAGCCAAUCGUCUAUCUGGAAAAUUUUAAAGAAAGAGAAUCUCCGUCCAUAUCACUAUACUUCUGUCCAUAAUUUGCUACCUCAAGAUUUACCAGUUCGCCUACAGUUUGCCACUUAGAAGUCCAGACUUAAACCCUCUAGACUUCUUAAUAUGGUCACAUAUGAAGGACAUGGUUCACAAAGAUACAAUUAAUUCCAUCGAAGAAUUGCGACAGAAAAUUCAAGAACGUGCUAAUAUUAUCAAAAAUAAUCGACAAAUGUUAUUCAAAGAUCUUUAAGGAGACGCCUUACAAAGUGUAUUGAAGUGGAAGGCGGGAAAUUUGAGCAUUUACUUUAAAGUUUUCCUUUAAUAU